ACCCUCUGCCACAGGUCCAGGACCUCUAUUUAAGCCCAGGCUUGGGCUUCAUAUCCAACUUAAACUAUCUAGUAGGAACUUUAGCUUUCAGCGUGUCUGUAGUGAAGUAUUGAUGAAUUCGGGUUAUGAUUAGAGACUGUUUUUUUAGCUAGAUCUUACAUCUCCUUCAGUGCUAUGGAUCUACCUAGUAAUUAGAAGAUUGUGUCAGCAUGAUGCACCUGGAUCAAAGCCCAAGAUCAAAUCACUGUGGACUUUGGCCCCACUGAAUCUCAGAUCCAGUUUAUUUAGACUGUAACCAAAAUUGCAAUCUGUUUUAAUAUGUUAUGAAAUGGAAUUAAUGGAACAGGGUCCAGAGAAACAAGGCAAGACCGCGGUGUCCAUUUUGAGAUCAAUAAGUGCAGCAACAUUUCUUCUGCAAGCCCUUGCCCCACUAUCACCUUCAUAUCAUCACAGAUCUAAGAGGGCUGCUGCUGCUGUCAAAUCAGGAAAAUCACAGUUGAAGAUCUUCCCUUCAUGACUGCCUCUUUUAAAUAGACCUUCCCUGUACCUUUGAGAACAGUGACAGUGAUAGAUCCUUCGACAAGGAGAUGCAGGACCUCAUGAAUCAGCUGCAUAAAACACAGGAACCUGGCAAUUGCUUAUCCCAUCUGUCACCUAUGGGCCUGGAAGAAAUGAGGUCCUUGGCUGGGAGAGGAGAUAAAGAAAUGCAUUAUUUAAAACUUGAAUGCUAUCUUUGCAGAAUGAAUGUUACUUUUUUUUCUUUUAGUGGCAGGAAUGAAAGAGCAGUGCAUGCAUAUAUUAGACACCUUGGACUGAAACUGGCAUCCUCAGGAAUGUAUCUACUGCUGCCUCAGGGAAAAAUAUAGUAAUUUAGGCAGAUCUGAUUCAAAAUGAAACUAGGGUGAAAACUGGAGGCUAGGUGAAAAAUGGAGGGAGCUAAAAAUUUCAAAUGUGCUGUUAUUUUAACACUGACCCAUUUUUCUUCAGUUUCAAAUCAUUUUAAGCAGAGAAGAAAAUAAUGAAAUUAAAAUAGAGUUGUUAAUGACUUCCAGACUUGGGGUUUGGAGGCCCAGGUACUAUUUGUGGCUUUGCCACUGGCUGGGUAUGUCAUUUCAAUUCUUAAUGCUACUGUUUCCAGCCUGUGAAAUGGAGUCUGUAAAACUGAAAAUCUCUCUGAUAAGGUGUAUAGAAGAAUAAGAAAUAUUACUUAUUAUGUCUAAGUGUUAUCUGAAAAUAUGUUCCCAUGAAUAUUUUUUGAUCAAAAUGUUAUGGAAAAAAAUGUGGUAUUAUUUAAAAAAAAUAUUUUCAACUUCUCUAUGGGUGAAGAAAAUUUAGGAAUCAUAGUAUUUUAAAGCAUCAUUCAUUUUAGAGCAGAUAUUGUCCCAUUAAAGAUCGUCUUAGCUUGGUAAUCAGCAUCUUAUUUACAGGGAAACCAAUUUCCUGGAAGAAGACAAAUGCUUCUUCCCUAUGCUUACUCCAAUAUUCAUAUGUGGAGCAGACUCAUUUGGACUAUCCAACCUGUUUAUUUUUACAAAUGUCUUCUCAACCUGUGGAGGUUGUCCGCUCACAACUACAGUAUAAUGAGUGUGCAUAGAGAUACUUCAUUAGAAAAGUCAGAAAUCUGUAGGGCCAAAAAAUCCCAUGGUUCUAAAUCCUUAACAAGAUUCCCAAGCUUGGGAAUUUCAACUUGGAAAAAAUAAGAUACUGAAAAGUUCUAUAUUACUGGAUUUUCAGAGAGAACCAAACAAUUCAUGAAAGUUUUAUGAAUGGGAUUUUUGUUUUGUUUAAAAGCAACAAAAUAGCCCUCUAAAAAUCACCCACUUGAACUCCCCACCAAAAUAAUUUGUCUCAGUAUAUUCUUGUUUGUUAUCCUUUAUCUAGCCUUACUAAUAUUUUCGUUCAAGGGAAAAAUGCCUUUCCAAAACAAAGCAAAGUUUCAUUUUGAAAGUAUCAAAAACCAUCUGUUAAACUAAAUAUCCUUAUGUUUUUUCUUUUGCCAAUGCCGACAAAAUUUAAAGGUAAUUUGCUUCCCCCAGAGUUUUAUUCUUCAUCCACAAUCUGCUCUGCUACAUGCUGACACCUUUAUAAGCUGUGUCCCUAAAGGGAGAAGGUCAAAGUACACCACUGUUUUCUAAGUGGCUUCUCUGCUGGGUGCCCCGCUAAAACCUGUCCAUUCCAGAAGCUGGUGGGAGUGUGAAAAUGUAAUCCUAUAAAUGCCUAAAUAGCUGAAAGCAUGUCAACAGGCAGGUGAGUGAUUAUAUUUUGUGCUGUGGUACUCUACUGUCUCGUUUUUUAAGAUGGUCUCAGGAAAAGAAAUGGGAGCUGCAGCUCUAAGGUGAAAAUGAACUGUGUACAUGCAGGUCUGUGAGGUUUUGGCUGCUGAAGCAAGAGCAGCCCUUGCAAGCCCUUCUGUUGUGCUGCCACCUCGUGACGCUCAGGGAGGAUGGUGCCAGCACAAAAGAUGCUCAGAAUGAAGAUGCCCGGGUUACUGCUGAGAACCACAAAGCAAGUAAUGUUCUCUGGAGCUCAGAGAGAGGCUAAAAGGCUGUGAGGUAUGGUGUCCUAUUUAAGAUCCAUAUGGACAAAAUUGGCCUGUGGAAAGGGGAGAGCUCUGAAUAUAUCUGGCAGGAAUGCCUGUAUUCGGUAAAGGCUGUCUGUCUGAAUUUUUCAUCUUUAUUCUCAUCUCAUUUGAGAAAAAAAAAAAAAGAAAUAAAAAUAGAAAAUAAAAGUUUAUUGGAAAUUAAAAAAUAUAAGACAUGAAAUAGAAAUAAAAAUGCCACCAGAGCCUAAGGGUUUAGUCAUAUUCUUGUCAUCUGUGCAUUUCAGAUGUCUUUUAAGAUGGAUCCCCCCUCUGAGCUAUUCUUCCACUUGUGCCAAAUAAAGUACAAGCCAUGUGUCUGAUUUUAACUUUUUUUUUUAAUAGCGGGGCAAACCUCUCAGAUUCCAUUCUGAAUGCAAGGUCCCAGACUUUGACAGGGUAGGUUUCUGAUUCCUUCAAGCUAGAGGCAUCUGUAUUGUGACUGAGGUACUGAGAUACAAACCAAUUAUUUAAGCUUCACCUUAUGACUGCUGUCUGUUUUCCAGACAGCUUAGCAACUCUUGUUAUGAAUAAGCCUUUGUGGACCUCCAUGUGAAGCCUGCCAUUCACAUUUCCCUGCUUACAGCCAGGCAGUUCUUGAGGGCAUGAUCCUAGAGAGCCUGUGUCUGGACUGGCAUCCUAACAUGCAGCUUUGCAGAAGGAAUUCUCUGAUUUGUCAGAACUGGGCACUGCUCUGCAGCCCUGCAAUGGCACAAAUGCAGCAAAAGGGACUCCUGUGUGGCACGGAGCUGCUGAGGAGCCUGUUGCACUUCCCUCUUGUGGUGAGCCCCACUGCAAGGGCUUUGACCUCCAGAGCAGAGCCAGCCAAAGAGGUGGGGUGGCCUCUGUACACGUGCUGCCCCACGCCUCCCCUGUGUGUGUGUCCGAGGAGAGGAGCUGAGCUGCUCAGACCCACAGUCCUGCAGCUUCUUUGUGCCUGCUGCUUUUGCUUCCUUGGGAGGAUGUGCUGAAGGAGCUGAAUGCCUCCUUCAUUGCAUAUUUCAAGUGAAGCAGAGAUUAAGAGAGUGGGCGUGUUGAAACUGGACUUGCAGACCCAUCAACAGUUAGUGAGGUAUGAAAAAGAGAAAUGGUACUUCCUCUGCUGUGACUCUCCUAACAACUGUGUGUCUGCUGGAGUCCUGACAUCAUCUGGUGAGGAGAUCUCUGCUUCUGCCAUUCAUCUCAGCAGCAUGGGUUGGGCAAGAUUGCAGCUGGAAGUGGAUCAGCUGGAAGCAAGUGCAGCAGCUAAUCAGGUGAUUCACAGUGGAAAGUUUAAAGAGCAGAGUGGGAGCUACUGCAUACCCCAAUGUGCCUAGAAGAGCAGAAGCAGCAACACUCAUUUCUCUGGAUAUGAUUUUUUGUCUGCAGUAGGAGCUACCAAGUCUAGGAGCCCAGCAUGGACAAAGCAGCUGAAGUCCUGUGGCAGCUGGAGGAGUCACCUGACAAUGCAGGAAAGCAGGAGCAGAGCCCUGAUGAAGGAGACACCACAGAAGUGCUGGAGCAGCCUGCACACAGCAAGGAUGAGCUGCCCCAGAGCCAUUCCCUCCUGUGGGAGACUCUGGGCAAACAGUUUGUAGAAUAUGAACAAGUGGCUCCAUUUCUCAUCCCAGAGGAGCAACAGAGAAGGCUGCUAGAAUUUCUUCCCCUCUUCUUAAAGGCCUGGGAACAGUCUGCUGGAGCAGUUGUAUUCCCCAACAUCCAGCUUUUAGCCAGUGAGGUUUCCAAGCUUCUGACUAAAGAAAUUAAGAAGAACCUCAAUGGGAAACCUGCAGAAGAAGCUCGUCUGGCUUUGGAGCAAUUGCUGAAGCAGAAAGGGGAAGCAGGAGAUGGCCAUUUGCUCCUGAAAUCAGUGUAUCUGCUCUCACAGACUGACUUGAGGACCAUGUGGAACAUUAUUGGAUCUGGACUCCCAGCUGCUCUGAUGCAGUGUCUGUACCUUUUCUUUACUGUCCCUCUGAAGAAAACCAGUGAUGACAGGGAGACAAGUGAGGAUGAUGCCAAAACUCAGGAAAUGCUUGUUAAGAUAAUGCUUAACAUGUACAAAGAGGAACAAGGCAUAGAGGAACUACUGGCAGCUGAUAAGCUUCAGUCAUUAAUUAUAGCAACUUCUUCUCUGUGGGACCAGUGCAGCCACUCAUGGAAAGUACCUACAGGCCGUGUGCUAAGAACAAUUUCCAAGGCUCAGACCAAAACCAGCAUUGUGUAUCUACAAGCUGUUGACUGCAUUAAAAUAGCUGUUCAGAAUCUCUUUACACUGGCUGAUACUCUACCUGCUUGUGAUGUGUGUGAAGCUGCCAGCAUCGUGCUGAGCUUUGUGAAAGAUUCUUAUCCUGUAUCAUCAGCUUUAUUAACAGAGUUUGAAAAUAAUGAUGGCUACCAACUCCUGCUAAAAAUUUUACUCAGAUGUGAGGGUUUGCAGCAAGAUGAAGGAGACCCCUAUCUGGAUGAGAUCUUGGACAUGCUGACUUGCCUUACAACCUGUGGAAAAACUGAACUGAAAGUUUCUGGCAAUAUUGUGCACCCACAAUUGCCACACUUUGAUUUUGAACGGAGACAGUCUUCUGGAAUGACAGUGAAAAACCUCCAGCCUUUCCAGGUAUUGCAAUCCAUUUUCCAGAGAAGCAAUGAUCAGCACCUGUGUGGAAGAAUCUUGUCAGCAAUUGGGACCAUAUGGGCUUGGGACAGAGUGAACUUCUUUCUUCUGGAAUGGACACUGCAACCUAUCAACCAGUUCACUGACAUCAUUCAUUUCAAACCACACCCAGUCCAAGUCCAGUUCUUCAGACUGGUGGAGUCCAUAGUCCUGGACCUGUCCUAUGUUCCCCAUGAGAUUUUGAAGAAGGUUCAGUAUUUGAUAAAGGAAAACACAGUGCCAUUCUGCACCUUAACAGCUCUCCAGUGCCUUCUCAGCAUGACCCAGAAGGACCUGUUAUUUAGUGAUAUUUUCCGUGACUCCGGGCUCUUAGGCUUGCUGCUGGCACUUUUGAGGAAGGAAGCCAAGAUAUUGAGGAAGUCAGCUGGAACUCAUUUGCCUAGCCUGAAAGAAGGCACUGAGAAGGAAUUAAAUGUUGUGAUGCUGAAAAUGGUGGCUGCCCUUACAGCAAGGUCUGUGAGGAACACAGUUGUUCUGAAGGACUAUGGAAUGGUGCCAUAUAUCAAGAUAUUUUUGGAUGAUGAGUGCUACAGGAGUGCUACUCUCAGCAUCUUGGAGCAGUUAUCAGUCAUCAAUUAUGAAGAAUAUAUGAGCAUUAUUAUUGGGGCCCUCUGUUCUUCCACUCAAUGGGAGCUGCAUCUGAAACUAGAUCUUCUGAAGUCACUCUUGAGGAUACUGGAGAGCCCCAAGAGCCAUUCAGCGUUCAGAACCUGCAGUGGAUUCAAUGGGCUCCUGUCCCUCCUCUCAGACAUGGAAGGUGCUCUGCAGGACCCCCCAUCAGGGCAGUGGGCAGCAGUUGGACACAAUUGCAUAUUGGAGCUGGUUUUCUAUGCUCUCCAGGGGAUAACUGCAGCCCUGCACCUAGACCCUGUCAACAGCACCUUCUUCCAGAGAAAUGGUCUCUUUGAAAAGAUGGCAGAGGAUCUUGGAUCACUUGGAUGCUUCUGGACAGAAGGGAAAAGUCAAAUUCUUGUGAGCCUUGAGAAGACAAGGACAUUUGCAGAAUUCUUGGAUGCAGCAUUCUGUUCUUCAGAACCUCUCCCAGAAUGGCUAAAAAACUGCAUUUGGAUUCUGAGUUUUCUUGAUCAUAUGGUCAAAGGAACCCUCCAUCAGGAAAGGUACUUUAAGGAGAGGAAGCCAGAAAUGGGAGAAGAAGCAAGAGAUGGUCAGGAGGCACCCCAAGAUCAAGAAGAGCAUCCUUUUGCUUUCAAAAGACCAGGCAACAAAUUACCUGCCUCCGCCUAUAUGCUGUGGGGGAACCCUGAAGAGAAGCUGGAAAUGAGAGACUGCACCAUUGUACACCCAGGUGCUGUCUGUGUCAUGGUGAGGUUGCUGCCAAAGCUGUACAAAGAAGGAUAUGCUCAGCUUUCCCAGGAAAUCCAGUGUGCUCUGGUUGACCAUAUCCAGUCCUUGGUGAAGUCAGAGAAGAGUCGUCAGGUGAUGUGUGAAUCUGGCCUGCUGAGCACAGUCAUAACCUCCUGCCAAGAUGCUUUCUGCAGUGACAGUCACCCCCUGCACCUGCCCCUCACUCGGGUGUUUGAGAAGCUCGCAUCACAGGCUGUUGAGCCACAUGUGUUAAGACAAUUUUUGUGGUUGGGAGGUUCUCCACCUUCUCAGCCCAGCACAAACAAGACCAAGGUCCUUUCCUGUCAGGGGAGUGAUUCAGCUAAUGCAGGUUCAGAAGAGAGUGUGGUGGACAGUAAAUCUGACCCUCAGACCGCUGUGCCUGCCAGGACCUCUCCUUGGCUGUCUAAGGGAUCUGCACUGGCUCUCCAGACUGCCAUGAGUCUCAUCUCCAUGACAUCACCUCGGAACUUCCAGCUGCACAGCACUGCUUUAGCUCCAUCAUUUGUGGAGUUUGACAUGUCCAUGGAAGGCUAUGGGUGUUUAUACCUCCCUACCUUGGCCACUGUCAUGGGAUCCAGUGCAGACCAAUCUGUCUCAGGAGGGACUGGAAUUGGCAGCAGAACGUUCCCUCCCUCCAGUGGCCUGACACUUUCCUGCUGGUUCCUGGUUAGCAAGUUUGGUUUGGCGCACAGCAGCCACCCACUCCGCUUCCUUACCAUUGUGAGGCACAUGUCAAGAACAGAGCAAGAAUUUGUUUGCUUUUCUGUAAGCUUCUGCCCACAGGAACUUUCUUUGGUCAUUUCUACAGAAGAAGUGGAAUUCCAGCCACUUGAUAUUAUGGAACCCGAGAGUGAGGUCCUAAAUCCCUCCCCAUUUCCAGGGCAAGUCAAGUUUGGCUGUGGUAAAUUCCUGGUCACUGGCCAGUGGCAUCAUCUCACAGUGACAGUUGCUAAGGAAGCAAAGAAGAGCUGCAUUGUGUCAGCUUAUAUAAAUGGUCAGAUGCUUGGCUCUGCAAAGAUGCAGUAUCUCCAGCCUUUCCCAGGAAGCUGUAUUUCCAUGGAACCCUCUUCCUUUAUUGAUGUCUAUGGGUACAUAGCCACUCCUCGCAUCUGGAAACAGAAGUCCUCCUUGACCUGGCGCCUUGGUCCCACAUACUUGCUGGAAGAAGCCAUUUCUGUGGAAACCAUAGAAGUUAUUAUUAAGCUUGGCCCUCAGUAUUGUAGCAACUUCCAAGCAGUACAGUUUCAAGGUGAGGACCAGUGCAGUGAUCAUAUCAUCGCACCUCUGGUGGCGGAAGAUAAGAUUUCUUUUGGAAUCAAUGCUGUGUGCUCAUCUCUCACUACAGUCCAAGAUAUAAAAAGCUCUUACAAUGAAGUGGAUGGUCGGCUGAUUGCCAAAGAGAUUGGGAUUAAUUCUCGGGACAGUUCAACUCCAAUAUUCCUGGCUAAGAAUAUUGCUGGACACCUCUCAGGUUCCGUGAGGACCAUUGGGUCAGUUGCUGUGGGCCAAUAUGGGGUAAGAGUGUUCCAGUCCUCCCCAGCAGCUACCAGCCUGAACUUUAUUGGAGGCCCUGCCAUUCUCCUGGGUCUCAUUGCUAUGGCCCGUGAUGACCACACCAUGUAUGCAGCUGUCAAAGUCCUGAACUCCAUCCUCAACAGUAGCCCCUUGAGUGGAAAACUGAUGAGGCACAUCCAUGGAUACCAGUUGCUGAGCUACCUAUUGAAGAGGAAAACUCAGCUGCUAAACAACAGGAUUUUACAGUUAAUGUUCUCCCUAGUGGGCACAGCUGAGCUGGGCUUUGAGUCUUCUGUCAUCAAGAACUAUAGUGCAUUCCAGUAUGUUCUCUGCAACUUUGAGCUUUGGAUGAAAGCACCAGAAAAUCUUGACCUUGCUCUUCUUUCCCAUCUUGUGGAGAUCUUGCAGUCCUCCAGAGAAGCAUGUCAGAAUAUUGCAAUUGCUUACCAAGCACAAAUGGUGCCCAAGCUUGUUUUCCUUUUCAAUGAUCCUGAAAUCAGCAGCUCCAAGAUCACUGUGGCCUGCACUAUCCUGUCCCAUCUCUUGCAAGGAUACUUCAAUACCAGGGAUGUUCUCAGGAUUGGAUUGUUCCUUGUUUACACCUUGAAACCUUCUUCUGUGGAUGAAAAUCAGAUUUACCUGGAUAGUGUGGCUGAGAGGCCCACUGAAGCCUUAAACCAAACAUCUGGAAAGACAAUCUGUCUUCGAAACCAGCUACUGAAGAUGCUGUUAGAUGUAAUAUGCUCAGACAAACUUCAGCUGUCCUCUGAGGAAAAAGAAAAGACAUUUUUGGCACUGGGGCCAGACUGGUUUCUGCUGUUCACACAGAGCUACCUGCACUUCAGCACAGUUGUCCUGGGACUCAAACUCCUUCUGUACUUCCUCCACAAUCGUUUGCUGCUGAACAAGUUCAAGGAGGGAAUAGUGGCUGGACGUUGGCUGGAAAACAGCUCUGCAGGGCUGAACAUUCUAAUGGAUAAUUUAAAAAGUCAUCCUCCAGUGCCUGACAAUGGCUACUUCUUGGUUUUUGGAUUUUCUGUAUUGCAAAGAUGUCUGACUGAUCAUGUUCACAUCCCUGAGAUCUACUUGGUUGUGGCAGAGCUCUUUCUGGCCACUCCACAGUCUGAACCACCUGAAGCAGUCAAGAAAGAUCUUGAGUCUAUGUUGCAGUGGAUCUUGCAGCAUCACCUCAGAGAGAAUGUCCUCAAGUUUGGGCUGUGUGCAGAGGCAGCUGUGUUACUGCUGGAAAUGGUUAGAUUCACUGUGGACAAGCCUCUUGCAGAUGCAGAAGCCUCCUGGGCAAUUGCCUAUCCCGGGAAUGUUAUGGAGUUUCUGUGCUUGAUCUACCACAGUUAUACACAGGACCCUGUGUGGCACUGUCCUGACUUCUUGAAAACUUUGGCUAUGCUUGCUUUUCACUCAGGAUCACCCAAGGGUGGGUCUGAAGGCCUUUUGACCCCUGAUGGACCAGCCAUUGCUGAAGGGAAAGGCUGUGCUGAUCCCUCCUCUCUCCCACUCCUACCACACCCUGCCAAGAAACAAGUGUGGGAUUUUGUGCGAGUCCUCCUGAUGGACAGUCUUCUCAACAUCCCAGCAAGCAAACAAGGACAUCCCCUUGAGCUGCUUCUUGAGGCUUCUCCAGAAGAUGCCACCAGUGAGCAGAGGAGACUUUUUCAGACAAAAGUUCUGCUAUCUGCUAUGGACAUCUUUCAAGUUACCAGCCAAGGCGAGGGGAAAACGAGACCAAGAGCAAGCAGUGAUCCUCAUGGUACUUCAGAAUCAGCUGCACCCCCAUCCAUGAUGAAUAUUGCUUAUUUUGUUCAGAAGCUGGUUGAGAAACUGAACAGCAGAAUGUUUGUGGCUGACCCCAAGCAAAUCCUCAUCUUCAUUGCCAAACAGAUUAUGUGUGUCUUAGAAAGCUCUGUUUCUCAAAAGGAAGUUUUCCUCAGUGCCCUGUACAGCUGCUUAAACAGAGCCAUCCUGUACUGCUUAUCCAGACCACAACAAUCACUGCCUGAGCAGUUUAAUGUCCUGAAUACUCUCAUUGUUCUGCAAGAGCAGUGGGACAUUAUUUUUGCAACUUACAACUCAAACAGUAAUUUUGUCAUCUGCCUGAUGUACUGCCUUUGCCAACUGAACUCGGGCAGCUGUUCAGAAGGUUUUGGGGUGGAUGCAAAACCAAAGCUGGCUUCUUAUCACCAAAUUUUCCUUGAACCCAGUGAAGAGGAAAAGGACAGCCUGCCUACUCCAGAUGAUGUCCGCCAGGAGAUUCUGAGAACAGUGGAAUUCAUCUGGAAGCAGCUCAUUUCUCAGAGGCGGCAGGCUCUGGAGGACAUUUACAAGAUGGAUCUUUCUGUAAAAGGAAAUGACAAAGAAAGAGACAUGAAAAUAACAGAGAUCACUCCUUUAUGGGAAGAAAUUAUGAUGAAAGCUUGGCAGCACUUGCUAGUAUCUGAAAAGAAGCUUCUCCAGAAUAAAGCGGGGCCAAGCCUGUCCCAGAGCAAGCACAAUUCCUGGAGUGAAAGCCUCUCUUCAGCUAUUAGGUUCAUACCUGGCCGCAACACAAAGGAAACAUCAGGCAAAUCAGAGGGAUUUGUGUCGUGUAUGGAACGAUACCGCAGAGCUGGGCAGGAGCUCUACGCUUCUCUGUACAAGGACCAUGUACAGAUGCAGCAGUGUGCCUACAGCAAAGCAGCCAAGGACUGGGUGAUACUUGAGGAACAACUUUUCUACAGAAGGGGCCCAUGGAGAGAUGCUUCAGGAUCAUUAGAGCCACGAUGGAUUCUUGAUUGUUACGAGGGGCCCUCACGAAUGAGGAGGAGGAUUCAGCAAGUCAACACCCAAGUGGCAACGAUGCAAAGGAAGAGUGAGGUUCUCCUAGGAAACAGAAGGGAAACAACUUCCCCUACUGAAGUGAAUCCAGGAGAGCUGAUGUUAAAUGGAGCAGAGAGGGAGAUGGAUCAGAAGGGAUUGGAUUGUAACCAGCUAACAUUCUUCCCAGCUCUACAUGAGAGUUUCCAUUCAGAAGACUUCUUGGAACUAUGCGUGGAGAGACAAAUUAUAUUGCAGGAGUUUUCAGAGAGUGAAAAGGUGACGUUCAAGUGCUCCGUGGCAGUUGUGCAGGGUCAUACAGCACUGGAAGGGGUGCUGCUCUUUGGCCAAGAGCACUUUUACAUCUGUGAGUGCUUUGUGUUAUCCCCUCUGGAGGAAGUCUACUGUACUCGUCACUGCCUGUCCAGAAUCAGUGAUCCAUUUAUUUUCAACUUAUGUCAUAAAGACCACGCUGUGGGAGACCAGAUGUGUUCCCGUUAUUCGUAUCAUGACAUCAAAGAGAUUCAUCUGAUGCGCUUUCUCCUGCAGGAGAUCGCCUUGGAAAUAUUCUUCAAAAAUGGUUACUCCACAUUUCUUGUCUUCCAUGACAGUGACCGAAAUAAGAUAUUUAAAAGAUUCUGUUCUUUCCAACCUGCUUUGAAGUCGAAGGGGAUAACGGAAGAGUCCCUAAAUAUAAGGAAGCACUCGGGAGGGGAAAAGACAAUGCUCCAAAAGUGGCAGAAGAGGGAGAUCAGCAACUUUGAUUACCUCAUGUACCUGAACACUCUGGCUGGCCGCAGCUACAAUGAUUACAUGCAGUAUCCUGUGUUUCCAUGGGUCCUUGCUGACUACCACUCUGAGACUCUAAACCUCACUGAUCCUCAUACAUUUCGAGACCUGUCAAAGCCCAUGGGAGCACAGACUGUGGAGAGGAAACACAAGUUCAUCCAGCGCUUCAAUGAAGUGGAAAAAAGUGAGGGAGACCUGUCAGCCCAGUGCCAUUACUGUACUCACUACUCAUCAGCAAUUAUAGUGGCAUCUUACCUGGUCCGAAUGGAGCCAUUUACCCAGACCUUCUGUUCUCUGCAGGGUGGGAGUUUUGAUGUUGCAGACAGGAUGUUUCACAGUGUCAAGAGCACGUGGGAAUCAGCAUCAAGGGACAACAUGAGUGACGUCAGGGAGCUCACCCCUGAAUUCUUUUACUUGCCAGAGUUCCUGACCAAUGCAAAUCACUUUGAACUUGGCUGCAUGCAGGAUGGAACAGUGCUGGGAGACGUGCAGCUUCCUCCUUGGGCAGAUGGGGACCCCCAUAAAUUCAUUUUUCUGCACAGACAGGCACUGGAAAGUGACUAUGUCAGUGCCCACCUUCAUCGCUGGAUAGACCUUAUCUUUGGCCACAAGCAGCAUGGCUCAGCUGCAGUGGAGGCAGUUAACACCUACCACCCUUACUUCUAUGGAGACAAGAUGGACCUCAACAACAUUAAAGAUCCUCUGAUUAAGGGCACUAUCCUGGGAUUUAUCAGCAACUUUGGACAGAUACCAAAGCAGCUCUUCACAAAACCACAUCCAUCUAGGAAUGCUCAAGGGAAAAGUUCAGCAGGGAGAGAGACUGGGCUGUUCUUUCACUCAAGUGGAAUUCUUCCUCCUCCUGUGAGCAGUCUGCAAAACCUGAAGCUCUCACCAGUUACUAUAAAAGACUAUCCCAAGGGAGCUAUUGGGCACAUUGUUCAUACAGAGAAAGGCAUUCUGGCUGUCGAAAAAAAUAAGGUUUUGAUUCCUCCUCUUUGGAGUAAAACAUUCUGCUGGGGAUUUGAGGACUUCACCUGCUGCUUUGGCACCUAUGGAUCUGAGAAGAAUGUGACUACAUUUGAGUGCAUGGCAGACUGGGGAAAGUGCCUCUGUGCAGUGUGUCCUUCAGCAACUACCAUCAUCACAUCUGGAACAAGCUCAGUUGUGUGUGUCUGGGAAUUCUCCCUGGUCAAGGACAAAGUGAAAUGUCUAAACCUGAGACAGGCUCUGUAUGGACACACUCAGGCAGUGACCUGCCUUGCUGCAUGUGUAACCUACAGCAUCUUUGUGAGUGGCUCCGAUGACAGAACCUGCAUCAUCUGGGACCUGAACCAGCUGAAGUUCAUAAAGCAGCUUCCUGCCCACGAGGAAAGCCUCCGUUCUGUUGCCAUCAACAAUUCAACAGGUGACAUUGUCUCUUGUGCGGGAUCUCACCUGUACCUGUGGACAGUCAAUGGCCAGCUCCUUGCAAGCACCAGCACUGCCUGCAGCCCCACCUGCCACAUUGCUUGCUGCUGCUUUGCUGAAGUGAUGGACUGGGACACACGCAGCAUCAUCAUCACAGGAAGCACAGAUGGAGUGGUGAGGCUGUGGAAGACCAAAUACAGCAAUACCCCCGAGCAAGGUGCUGGACUGAGAGCGCAGAGCGGUGUGAUGGAAGAGCCAGGCAGCACAGGUAACAAGUGUGGAAAACAUCUUGUUCUCUGCCGGGAGCUGAAUCCCAGCACUGCCCUGACUGGCAAGGCGAGCAGGACGAGCCCGGCGGUGACGGCGCUGGCCAUGUCCAGAAAUUUCUCCAAGCUCCUGGUUGGUGAUGACUGGGGAAGACUCUACUGCUGGUCUGUGGAUGGGUAGGAAGAAACAGUCAAGAUUUCUUGGUUUUUCAACCCUUUGGAUGGAGAGAAAAUUUAUCCUUCAGAGCAUAAGAGAAGCAGAGAAGCUGGAAGCCUCUGGUUGGGGACUGAAUCUUAAGGGAGUUGUUGGACUGACCCUGCAGUCAAACAUAAUUUAAAUUAGACACUGGACCCCAAAGUUGUGAGAGAAACUGACAGAUAUGCACACAGACAAUGAGAUUUUUGUAGUAUUUGUCUUGGGAAAACUUUUGUAUUUAAAAUGUUAUUUUAGAUACUGAAUUUGACAUAAUACAUUUUAUUUCACAAAUAUUAUUUAGCAAAUAAAACUGCCUUGAUUAUGGCAAAGAGAAGUGUAGCUUAAUAAUAACAUAUUGUAUUUUUAAUAUAAUGAGAUAAAAAAUACUCAGGCUUCAAACAAGUAAGUGAAUAUGUCCCAGUAUUUUUUGUU